AUGGAUUCAGAUCAAGGCAAGCUUUUUAUUGGUGGGAUUUCAUGGGAAACCUCGGAGGAUAAGCUGAAGGAGUACUUCAGCAACUACGGCGACGUUUUGCAAACAGUGGUUAUGAGGGACAAAGUCACGGGACGCCCUAGAGGUUUUGGGUUUGUGGUUUUUGUAGAUCCUGCUGUUCUUGAUAGGGUUCUUCAGGAUAAGCACACCAUCGAUGGUAGAACGGUUGAGGCUAAGAGGGCCCUAUCAAGAGAGGAGCAGCAAACCACUGGCAGAGUUGGAAAUGCUAACCCUACUAGAAGUGCUGGAAAUGGUGGAAAUAUUAGGACCAAGAAGAUAUUUGUUGGAGGGUUGCCUCCCACUCUUAGCGAAGAAGGAUUCCGUGAGUAUUUUGAAACUUAUGGCCAUGUAACUGAUGUAGUAGUAAUGUAUGACCAAAGUACCGGACGUCCUCGUGGAUUUGGAUUUAUUUCAUUUGAUACUGAAGAAGCAGUUGAUAGGGUUUUGCACAAAACAUUUCAUGAUUUAAAUGGUAAGCAAGUGGAAGUUAAGCGGGCUCUUCCCAAAGAUGCCAAUCCUGGUGGGGGUGGCCGUAGCAUGGGGGGUGGUCAAGGUGGCGGUGGUGCAGCUGGUGGCGGUUAUCAAGGAUAUGGCGCAUCUGGUGGCAACCCAAAUGCAUAUGAUGGUAGAAUGGACUCCAACAGGUACAUGCAAUCUCAGAGUACUGGAGGUGGUUUUCCACCUUAUGGUUCUUCUGGGUAUAGUGCACCCAGUUAUGGCUAUGGUCCUACCAGUAAUGGAAUUGGUUAUGGCGGUUAUGGAAGUUACGGUAGUACUAAUACUGGCUAUGGAGGUCCAGCAGCUGCUGCCUACGGAAACCCUAAUGCCCCAAAUGCUGGCUAUGCUAGUGGUCCGCCAGGUGCCCCUAGAAGUUCAUGGAGUUCUCAAGCCCCCUCUGGAUAUGGUGCUAUGGGAUACGGGAAUACUGCUCCUUGGGGUGUUUCAGGUGGCAGUGCAGGUGCAGGCAGUGGCGGCCCUGGUUCUGCACCUGCUGGUCAAUCACCUAGUGCAGCGGCUGGGUAUGGAGCUCAAGGUUAUGGUUAUGGUGGGUACAGUGGAAGUGAUGCGUCCUAUGCAAAUCCGUCUGGUUAUGGUGCUGUUGGAGGGCGUUCAGGGAGUGUCCCAAACAACAAUGUUGGUGGCGCAGGUGGGGAGCAAGGUAGUGGUGGUGGCUAUGUUGGGAGUGGCUAUGGCGAUUCAAAUGGAAAUACAGGUUAUGGAAAUGCUGGUUGGAGAUCUGAUCCAUCCCAGGCUUCAGGAAACUAUGGUGGUCAGGCAAAUGGUGGACAAGUUGGUUAUGGUGGUGGGUAUGGCAGUGCUCAGGCACGACAAUCCCAACAGCAGUAA